UGCAGAAUUACAUCACUUCCUAAAAAACAGGCAAACACCUCUCCUUCAAGUCAGCACCGACCCAAACAAGCAGGAAACAGGAAAUGUUCACGUUUCAGGGAGGCUGCAACCCAGCGCAGCAUCCUGAGCGCGCCUCCGCCGAGGCGAGCGGACAUGCAGGCUCCCCGCGCAGCCCUGGUCUUCGCCCUGGUGAUCGCGCUCGUUCCGGUCGGCCGGGGUAAUUUUGAGGAAUUAGAACACUCAGGAGAUAUAACUGAGGAAUCUGAAAGACCAAAUGAAGUGACUACUCCAAGCAUAUUUGCUGCAGUGACCGCCACAGAAACAUUAACUGCAAAUAUAAAUGCUACCAACAUUGCUCCGGAUGAAAAUCAGUUAGAGUUUAUACUGAUGGUGUUGAUCCCUUUGAUUUUAUUGGUCGUCUUACUUUUAUCUAUGGUAUUCCUUGCAACAUACUAUAAAAGAAAAAGAACUAAACAAGAACCUUCUAGCCAAGGAUCUCAGAGUGCUUUACAGACAUAUGAACUGGGAAAUGAAAACGUGAAAGUCCCUAUUUUUGAGGAAGAUACACCCUCUGUUAUGGAAAUUGAAAUGGAAGAGCUUGAUAAAUGGAUGAACAGCAUGAAUAGAAAUGCCGACUAUGAAUGUUUACCUACCUUGAAGGAAGAGAAGGAAUCAAAUCACAACCCAAGUGAUAAUGAAUCCUAAACCUGAAUGGCGCUCAUGUUUUCCAAGAGAAGCAACCCCUGAGGGAGUCUGCUGAGCCUGCCAACUGAGGAUGAAGAGGAUACAAAUUUAAUUAAUUUCAAAUCAACAUAGACACAAGAACCUUUUGCUGUUUCUUCCAACGCCCACUCUUCCUAAUGAUGGCAUCACUUGCACUUGGAAGAAUGUGCAAUUGAGAAGUACUAGGAAAAGGCCUGGCUGCCAUCCAUCGCUGCCUCUGAGGGUGGAGAAGGAGGCGGGUGAUGUGCUCACUUCUGAUCAAUGCGCGUUGCCUCCUCUCAGCCACCUUCUAACUCACUGCACUCACUCUGCUCAUGCUAAAUGUUCGUCACCUUUCUGCUUCAUUCCUUAGGGCCUAAAUCAGGAAGCCGUUUUAUCAAUGGUUUCCUUUUGGGCCACUAACCAGCUUUGGAUAAUUUCCUCUGAUUAUUCAAGUCCUCGGACAGGUAAACUGCAUUCAGCAGAACUUUUCUCAAGGAGUGUUAUGUCAUGGAAAAGACACCAAACACAGCAAGUGUUUUAAUCAAUACACCAUCCCAGGGGGUCAGUACGCUCUGCCUGCCAAGAAGACACAGUGAGAGGGUCCACAGUCCUGAUGAGAUGGCAUUUGGUAACUUGUAGACCCUGACAUGGCCAGGUCUGGUCACCCUUAAGAACUUCUCAGAGAAACUAGGAAUCUUCAGUGAAAGAACUUAUGUACUCCUCAGCUGAAAUUCCCUUGCUUGUCAGCAUUUCGGCAAAGCUCACACUUGUUUCACCAUACCUCCCUUGGAUGUGACAUGUGGGUAGGAAGUAUGUGCAGGUAGGAGUCAUCUGUCAGCCUUCUAUGUUUCAGAGAUCCUGAAGGUGGUUUGAAACAAACAGAAGAGGAGCAGGAAAUCUCUGUGCCUGUGGCAGGUAUCACUCGUCAUGCUUAGCAUUCUCUCCUGCCAAGCUGGGAUAAGCCUCAUGUCCUAACACAGCACCCCAGGAGGUCUCUGUCAGUCCAUCAGAGAUGACAUUCUAUGUGGUAUUUUUGACAUCCUUGUGCUAAAAGCAAUGGCACAAAAUGGAAAAGGGCCCAUUGACCACACCCACUCCAAUAAAAUCGAUCUCCAUUUAUUCCUUAAUUUUCUAAAUCUGACCCCUUUAAAUCAAUCUAGCAAAUUGAGAGUCCUCAGCUCUCCUUGGAUACCUGAUAUUUUAUUUCGAGAAAGACAAAGAAGGAAAAUAUUAUUCAUUUUACUACCCACAUAUAAACCAAGAGGAGAUGGGACUACCCCAAACAUUUGCUGCUCAGUUUUGUGUCUUGUGCUUGAAAGUCUGCCCUAAUGUAUAACAAAAAGUACUUGUCUCCUACCUUUUGGGAUCCCUUUAACAAGUAUUUGCCUUCUGAACUACGUGGAUAAUUUCAAAGGCAGAGUUCCAGACCAGAAAGGUCUUUCCAUACAAUGAAAGCUGUAACUAGCUGGUUGUGUUUAACCACUGUUAUCACGCUAUCCUGGGACUGCAUAGAGCUUUGACAAAAGACAGACUUCAUGGUACAUAACUUCAACAGAUUUGUCUGUCAUAUUCUCACCAGCACAUCUGAAUGAGGCUUUGUGUUUUCCUUGCUCUCUUGUAUGUUCCUUUUCAACUCAUGGCCCACAGUGACUCUCAGAUAUUUAUGCCAAAAUUGCAGACAAUUGUUUUCUGAAUCAUAACUUGUCUAUUUUUCUGCCUAUGUGUGCUACUUCCAGUUUGUUUCUCAUCAACAUUUUGACUCUCAGAAGAGCCUCCAUUUGCCUCUUUCUCUCUUUUGGUAUCUAAGAUCUUGGAACACUUGGGCCUUUACAUUUGAUCCAACCCUAUCAAAUAAUGAACUUUUAGAAGUUCCGAGAAGUAUCUGGGGUCCUGGAAUCUCAUGUUGAUGAAGUCAUAUUUUAUAAUAUGAUAAAAAUAUUAUCAUUCAGUAUUUACAUAAUUCCAAUUCUAGAAGAAGCAAAUUUCAGCGACAUGUCAUUGAGUUUUUAUUUGGUAAAGCUAUACUUGUGCAGUGUACAAAUCACUUUUUAAGAAGAUGCUUUGUUCUAUCAAGGUAUAUGAAGUUAGUAUACGGCCACAACAGUCAAGCCUCAAUUCUUGUACCUUGUGUCUUUUUAUUACCGUUUAAUCAAUAGAUAUCAUAUGUUUAUGACAGUUUCAAGAAUUGUUUUUAAACCCAAACUUAAUUUUAUGUUUCAGACUAUUGUUAGAAAAACAAAACAGAGCAAAAAAAAAAAAAAAAAAAAAACAAAAAAUCCCUCACUAAUUUGCCCUAAUAGCCAAUCAGAACAAAAUCUGACUUUAGAAUAUUUAGCAGAUACGUAAGUUUGAUUGCAUUUUUGUACCUUUUAAGCAAACUAGGUUAACAACAACAUAGCCUAGUCAAACUUCUCAGGAAACUUGUUUUAAUAAACAUGUAAAAAUACCCAUUUGUGACUCUUGACCCAGUGGUGUGACUCCUCCCUCUGGGAAGGGCUUUGUUACCCAAUGCAAGACCACAGCCUGGAUCCACCUUGAGGUAGGUAGCUCCUGGAUAACCACAGCAAACAAGUGUGAUAAAGAUGAGUAAAACUGGUCUUGGGAAAAUAAUUUCAUAGUUUUUUAUUCCCAGCUAUGCUAUAUAAUACAGGAGAACCAAAAGCUAUAAAAUUAUUUUAUUUUAUUUUUUAGAGACAGGGUCUCACUCUGUUGCCCAGGCUGGUUUCAAACUCCUGGGCUCAAGCAAUCCUCCUGUCUCAGCCUCCCAAAGUGCUGGGAUUACAGGCAUGAGCCACUGAGCCUGACCAGCUGUAAAAUUAUUAUAUUCAUUUUCACUAUGUGCUACUUCUCACCUUUUUUUUUUUUUUUUUUGAGAUGGAGUCUCACUCUGUCACCCAGGCUGGAGUACAGUGUCAUGAUCUCGGCUCACUGCAACCUCUGCUUCCCAGGUUCAAGCAAUUCUCUUGCCUCAGCCUCCCGAGUAGCGGGGAUUACAGGUCUGUGCCACUAUGCUUGGCUAAUUUUUGUAUUUUUAGUAGAGAUGGGGUUUCACCAUGUUGGCCAGGCUGGUCUCAAACUCCUGACCUCAAGUGAUCCACCAGCCUCAGCCUCGCACAGUGCUGGGAUUACAGUUGAGAACCAUUGUGUCCAGCCACACCGUGACUUUUACUGUAAUCUCUGGAUAUUUUAUGUAACAUACCUGGGCAAUAGGGCUUAUGGCAGAAUUGGCCUUCGUGGUACAGGCCUUCCAAGUUCCAAGUCUCAUUUUUAGUCAGCCUUCCUCCAUUCCAACCCCUGGAUCCACCAGUUCCAACAGCCUGGAUCCACCUUGAUACUGACAGCCGGGCAGAUGCUUCUGCUGAUCACUGCAGCUCUAGCAAUGGAAAUGGAUGUAUGAAAAAAAAUAUUUGUCUGUUCUUUUAUUUUGGUUGUUUAAACUAUUAAUUCACAUCAUCUCUGAAAAAAGGCCUUAUGUUGACUAAAGAAAACAUAGGCUUUAGUUUCAGCUUCUGUCAGAAUUAAUACCAAUUCUGAAUCUGGUGGAGUGAUAAGACGUGGUUUCAUACUGGGAAGACACUGCUGAAAUUCGCCUUGUGGGAGAACAUGGAAAUUUUAUACUGAAUUAAAUUAACACAUGUGACUUUUCACAUUCA